AUGGCGGCGGCAGCAGCCGCGGCGGCAGAGCGGGCUUCACCGGAGCCCGCACCUUCGGAACAAGCCGCGGAGCUGCCCGCGUCCGUGCGCGCGAGCAUCGAGCGGAAGCGGCAGCGGGCGCUGAUGCUGCUAUUUACUUUUGUAGGUGUGGCUAAUGUAAAAGCAGCCCCCAAAAUAAUUGACACAGGAGGAGGCUUCAUUUUGGAAGAGGAAGAAAAAGAAGAACAAAAAAUUGUAAAUGUGAUUCAUCAGCCAGGGCCCGUCAUGGAAUUUGAUUACACAAUAUGUGAAGAAUGUGGGAAAGAAUUUAUGGAUUCUUAUCUCAUGAAUCACUUUGAUUUGGCAACCUGUGAUAACUGCAGAGAUGCUGAUGAUAAACACAAGCUUAUAACAAAAACAGAAGCAAAGCAAGAAUACCUUCUGAAAGACUGUGAUUUGGAAAAAAGAGAACCAGCUCUGAAGUUCAUUGUGAAGAAGAAUCCUCAUCAUGCACAGUGGGGUGAUAUGAAGCUCUACCUAAAACUGCAGAUUGUGAAGAGGUCUCUCGAAGUUUGGGGGAGUCAGGAAGCACUGGAAGAAGCAAAGGAAGUGCGACAGGAAAACCGAGAAAAAAUGAAACAGAAGAAGUUCGAUAAGAAAGUGAAAGAAUUGCGGCGAGCAGUAAGAAGUAGUGUGUGGAAAAGAGAAACAGCUGUUCAUCAACAUGAGUAUGGACCAGAAGAAAACUUAGACGAUGACAUGUACCGCAAAACCUGUACUGUAUGUGGCCACGAACUGACAUAUGAAAAGAUGUGAUUUUCUUUUUAGAUCAGUGACCUUUUUUUUAAAACAGACUUUUAUACUUAAGGAAAAUUAAAUUGUUUUACAUUGAGACUCACAAUGUGGGCUUUACAAAUGAAACACUUUGUAAGUGAUUCUUCACCAGGUGUUCUUUCACCUUAAAUGCAAGUUUUAGUUAGGGUUCAGCUCGACUGGCUGAGGAAAGAGGUGAUGUCUGUGGGAGCCAAAUGGUAGAGGCAGCAGGUCAGAGCUCACACUGAGGAACAAGCAAACCCUAGACUAUAGCAGGAGGUAAAGCUUCCAAUGAAGGCCAAAGCUGACUAAACUGGACACAACCCAUAAGGAUGGUGGUACAUUACUGUACCAGUCUCUUAAGUCAGGUUUUUGGGGACUACUACUUUUAUUUUUGGUGCCAGUACUGGGACUUGAACUUCAGGCCCAUGCUU